AUGAAUAUCGCGCCAGCCCUGCGGGGUCUCCCUGCCGGCCUCCCUCGCGUCGUGCCGGUGGACCGCAAGUUGUUUCCUGAUGGGCUUCGUACCAGUGGCCAACAUCCACCAAUCGAAAGUCAAUUACGCCCGUUCGAGGAGUUCCCGCGCAGCUUAAGCGGGCCAACGGCCUGGACAGCGAUGCAUAUGAUCCAGCACCCAGAGCAAUGGAUUCACCGGUGGACAGAGCCAGAGCUUGCAGAGCUUCUACACGCCGUGGACGCAUUCAUAGCCUCAGGGACGCCCCUUACCAGUAUCAGUAAGGACAAGUUCCGGCUCCCCACGCUAGAAAAGAUUUUGCCCGGCAUUCGGAACGAUAUCUUGAAUGGACGUGGGUUUAUCGUUUUCAGUGGUCUACCCAUCGACAAGUGGGGGAGAUACAAGGCGGCAGUGGUGAUUAUGGGACUGUCUGUACAUUUUGGAUACCUCGUCUCGCAGAAUAAACUUGGCCUGAUCCUCGGCCAUGUGACGAACCAGGGCGCCGACUAUCACAACGAUCUGGAUAAGAUCAAGAUCUCAGCUACAAAUGCUCCUCAGUUCUAUCACACCGACGAAACAGAUAUCGUUGGGCUUUUAUUCUGCGCUCCCGGGGAAACGGGUGGUGCCUCGGGCUGUGCAUCUGCACACACAGUCUGGAAUGCCUUGGUGAAAGAGAGACCCGAUGUCGCAAAGACGUUGGCCUCUCCCAUCUGGCAUGUCGACCGCAAGGGCGAGGUGACAGAUGGCCAAGAGCCUUGGUUCAAGAACCCCAUCUUCAUGGUCGAACCCGGUGGCAAAGAGCGUGUUUACGUCAAGUGGGACCCGUACUUUGUCAAAUCUUUGACUCGCUUCAGCAAUAAAGGGUUAAUCCCCCCUCUCUCUGCAGAGCAGCUGGACGCAAUGGAAGUCCUGGAGGAGACCUGCCAGCGACAUGGAAUUGUCUAUGACUGCGAGAUUGGAGAUAUACAGUUCGUGUCCUGCUGCCAGACAUUCCACUCGCGAACCGGAUUCACAGAUCCACCUCCUCCAAAGCCACAACGAUAUCUUUUGCGGACGUGGGUCGCGACACCUGAGCAUGAAGGCGGUUGGUGCCUGCCGUUUCAUGAUAGCUGCUACCCUAAACGAGGAGGGAUACAGGUCGAUAAUACACCACCGGUGGCUGAUCCACUCACUACAGCAGGCGGAACAGAGUAA